UAGUGUUAGCUUCCGCUCAAUAUUUAUAUUAUAUUUAAUUAACUUAAGUGUUUCCUAAUAAAAGUUAACGAAAAGUGUUGCAAUGGCCCAAGCUGAAGAUACAGAACUCCGAGAUUUAGUGUUAGAAGCUUUGGAAAAGAAUGGAUCGCUGGCUAAAAUACGUGCCUUACUUCGUGCGAAUAUUUUCUUGGCGUUUGAGGAUGAUUGUGAAAAUAUGAAACAAAAUGUAAAUUUGGACAACAUUUUAAAAAUACCGGAAGGUGUGCUGGCGUUGUCGAUUGUUCACGAGUUUUUAGAGUUUUGUAACCUUAAAAACACGCUGUUUGUGUACAUGUCGGAGUCGCGCCAGGGAACAGAAUACAUGUAUGAAGGCCGAAAUAUUUUGGUUGAUCGACUUCAGUUCUUAAACGGUAAUGAUGAUUCCAAGGAGCCUGUUCUCGUCACGUUUGUGAAAAAUAUCCUUAGACCUCACCAGAGCAAGUACUACGAGCAGGGGGACGCCGGCAAUGCGGGCCAACACGACUCGCAUACUGCAAAACAACGCAAAGGUGACCAAAACUGCACUUACAUAGUUCAUGAAGACUCCAGUAUGUCAACUAGUAAUUCAACUUCUGACAACUCAUCAGAUGAAAAGAAUAAACUUCACUUGAAAUUACCUCUUGACAAUUCAGAUACAGACACAUCCAGUGACUCUGUGAGGGAGAAAAUGAGCUCAGAGUAUAUUCCCAAUCAACACAUACUGUCUCAAGCCAGAAGCAAUGUUGAUAGAUUAACCCUUGACCAGUACUCCUCAACAUACAACCAGCAGAAAGAUAAUGUUGGAAUGAGUCAACACAAUGACAAUCCCCAUACAAAUAUGCAAAACUGUGAAAUUAAGCCAAAUAUUAAUAACAGUAGUGAGUCCACAUCAUAUGUAGAUAUCAAAUCAUUUAAACCACCAGAUGAGGCAAAUAUAACAAUACCAGUUAUAGCAGUUGACAAUGUUAAAAUUAGUCCUGUAAGCCCCCAGAACCCAGCACACUCAAUUUCUCAACCUGAAAAUAUUAAAGCAAACUCUGAGUCUACAUCAUCAGAAACUAUGAAUAGUAUUUCAUCACUAUCAUUGAAGCAUGAAAAUGGAAAACAAAAUCAAAAAAGUAACUUGCUGACUACAGAUGAUCCCGUUAAAUCAGACAAUGAAGUAUCAGAAUACACUUUAGAUUUUUCACUAUCUCAAGUGUCUAGAAACAAGAGCAUACCUGAAAGUCAGCUACAGCUCCCAGAUCAGCCGGGUCACCUGUCUCUAAAGGAACAAAACUCGCCACUCUUAAGCCCACAUCAGAAUUGUCAAAGUUCUCAGAGUUCCGUGUCCAUAUCUGAUGUAGCUGACCUAAUCGAGUACAGUGACCAAAGUUACUUAUUUGAACACAAUCAAAAUAAAGAUAAUGAGAGUGAAGUUACUCCAUCAAAAGCAAGUAAUAAAUCAAAAAAUGCAAGUGAUCAGAAUUUUGUUCCAAGUGAGGACUCUGGUGAUUUUUCAGAAUCCCCUAUCCCAUCACUUUCAAACUUAAGCCUUGAUGUUCACAGUGAUUAAUCUAAAUCUAGUCUUAAGAACUAGCCGGCUUGUGGUGUCAACACUGACAUAUACACUAAUGUCUAUGUAAUUUACUUUCUAUACAUCUUGCUUGCACUAAUAUGCCAGUACAAACGAGAUGCAUAGAAAGUAAGUUACAUUCACACUAGCGUUUAUGUCAGUGCCAAACUGGUGGUAGCUGUACUGUUAUUAACAUGGAUGUUAAUUUAAAGGGACCCACUGACUAUCAGUCCGCCGGACGAUAUCGGCCUGUCAUUUGUUCGGAACUGUCAAAUUUUUGUUCUAACUGACAGAUAGUCAGUGGGCCCCUUUAAAGUAAAACAUAAUAUUUUUGAGAUGUGUAUAAUGUAAUGUCUCAAUCCUUGUUGUUUGUUGAGGGUGCUUGUGCUAUAGAUUUUUUAAUUGUCAGGUCAUUUUCUUUUGAAACCUAUUUACUCAUAUAUUUUUAAGUACUAGCUAAAUCAUAAAUCAAAUGUAAGAUGUUUAACUAAUAUCACUUAUGGAGCCAUUGAUUUGGUAGCCAUGUUACUACUUGGUGCUCUAAAUAGAUUGCAAGAAUUCUGAAAUUUGAGCCUAUGUACAGUUAAUGUCAAAGAUAUGUUAACACUUUUUCACCUUACUUCUUUGUGUAAGACGAGAAAUGUAAAGAUAUCUUUGACGUCAACUGUACCAAUAUUUAUUUUCUCAGGUGAUUGUCAAGCUCUUUCUCAAACAUUUUUUUAAUGCUGAGCCCUUUACAAUCACUUGUAAACUAUGGAGAUACAAUAUUUUUAAUGCUGAGCCCUUUACAAUCACUUGCAAACCAUGGAGAUAGAAUAUUUUUAAUGCUGAGCCCUUUACAAUCACUUGCAAACCCUGGAGAUACAAUAUUUUUGGAACACCUAACCCAUGGCAAUUAUUUGAUAAAUCUACAAUUAGUCCUAAUAGUUAUAGUUAUGUAAGUAUGAGGCAGUAGCACACAUACCUAUACAAACAAAAAAACAAUAUGAUCACCCACAAUUAGUAACUACCCUUUUGUAUGAAAAUGGCACUUUAUAUUGAGUAUUUGUUACAUAUGUUCAUUACACAAAGUAUUAUAUCCAUGUUGAAUACGGAAUUUAUGAUUAGGAAAUUAACACAAUCAGUGCCAGCGCUAGCAUGGAAACAUUGAAAAACCCAUAUGUACCGAAAAGCGCCUACGAACAGAGAACCCGUGUCUUGCUGUUUCAGUCAGUCUCGGUACAUAAAAUACCGAGGUUGACUGACUGAAGUAGCAUGACAAGUACGUACGUUUCUGAGAAAAUACGAUGGAAAACAAUUAAGCACUACAUCUGUAGUUCCUUGUUAGGUCUCUGUAUUUUAUGUAUUUUUUUACUAUUUGACAGGCAUCAUGGCAUCAAUCAAACAAAAGUAUAUAAGGUAUAGUACAGUCAGCUGCAGAAGUUGCUAAGCGGGCGAUGUGUUCAAAAUAGAGAUGAUGACACAUGUUGAAUUUUAUAACAAAAUCUAGUAAAAUGAGCAAUUUAUCACAUUAAUGUGGAUAUUAAAAUAAUAUAUGUAAAUAAUACAAAAAAUACAUAAGUUUUUUAACUUCCAAUAAGGAAAAAAGUAAGGGUACGAUUCGAUUCCCUACAUUUUAUCCAAAAAAAGAUUGUAUAGCAACUAUAAUAUAAACGCAAUAUUUCACCGACUAAAACGAAUUUUUCUUAUCUUGUCCAUACUUCAAGAUGGGCUCUCGGUGACCUUGACGUCACGUUCACUUAUCGUUUUGUUAGGAGCGUUUCGCGUAUGAUGUACCACUGUCGGACUUUGACUAGUGGGGUCCCAUAUAGAAAUUUGAUCCUACAAACAAACCUGAUCGAUUGAUACCAUUCAUGAAAAUUUGUCAUCUAGCCUAUUACCUUGACGCGCUCUUAUUCUCUUUACAAUAACAUCGCGUCCAGAUAAUUUUGAACACCUCGCCCGCUUAGCUACUAUUGCUGCUGACUGUACCUAUAAGUAGGGGCCACUUGAAUACCUAGCACUCUUUAGGGCCCAGACAGACGUACUGCAAUGACUGCACGCCAACUGCAACGUCGGCGUGCUGUCUGUGUUUAAUGUAUGAAUGUUAUACAUUAAUAACUUUAACUCAACACAAUCUAAAGUCUUAGUACUGAAGUGUUUAUUGUACAGUCAGCUGCAGAAAAUACCUCUUUUCUUUUCUUUUCUUUUUCCUUUUGUAUGCAAAAGUUAUAGGCGAAUAUAUAUAUAUAGUAUUGCUGACUGUAGAUAAUUGUUAGGUAAUAAUACCUAUACCUAUUGUAAUCCUGUUUUAUGAUAUGUACGGAAAUAACUGCUUUUCUAACCAGACACCAGUUGGUCAUAAAUUGAUUACCUAUUUGACAGUUCCAGGUGUUACUUGAAGUAAUAAAGGUUGUGCCUUAUUUAUAUGUAACAAGAUUCCUUUGAAUUGAAUAUAGCUGUCUACUAUGUUUAAAUUCUAGUCUUAAUAUAAAAUCGGUUCCGUCCAAAUUGCUCCAUUGCUGUCAUGUCAAUAAUAUCCGGGGAAAAUAUCUGCAACCAUAGCUUAUUUACUUUAUUAUCAUGA